AAAAAAUUGUAAAUAAACCCAUGUGUAAAUUUCACAACACAAAAUCAUAACUUAUGCUCACUUAAUACUACAGUAUUGUUUAAAAUAUUUAUUUUUACUUACGUUUGGAAUAUAAAGGGACUAGUUUGAAACUCACCGGCCUAUGGUAUUUAAUUAUUAUCUAUGUAAUUGGUCAUACUUUAUACAGUAGUUAUAAAUACGUUGACACUAUUUUGUUUCCAUCCCCCUAAUAGUAAUAUGUCAUUAUUGAUAAUGACACAACGUCAAGAAUCAAGAGCCUGUGGUCUAUUUGAAAAUUGAAAAUCAAUACUAAGCCAUUUCUGGUAAAAAAAAAUAUUGGAGAGUGACUGUACCUUUUUACUCAAGUAAAGAGUUGCAAUUGAAGAUGUGUAGCGUGGGAGAUGAUGGUGAUGCUGUUGCUAAUGUUAGAGAGAAAUUAUCCUGUCUAGGAAGAAAAUGUAUGAAAUGUGAAAAUGAUGCGUUUAUCAUCACAAGAAUGAAUGAUCCAUUCUGUCAGGAAUGUUUUACUGUGUAUGUAGUACAUAAAUUUCGAUCUGCUAUUGGUAAAUCUAAGAUAGUACGAGAUGGUGAUCAGGUUUUAUUGAUGUAUUCUGGUGGUCAGGCAUCGACAGCAUUAUUACAUCUAGUUAUUGAGGGACUUAGUGAAAGAGCUCAUAAAAAAUUACGAUUCAAACCAGUCAUACUUCACAUUGAUGAGUCAGCAGUAUUGGGUAUGACAGAUGAAAAAAGACAAGAAAACCUAUCAGAAGUCCUGAAGAUUAUGAAGAAAACUGGAUUUCCAUAUUAUUUAUCCUCUAUAGAACAGGCAUUAGAUUUAUCAAUAGAACCUAAAAGAGAACUUUUUAAGCAUAUGGAAACCACAGAAGAUAUUUAUAAGAGACAAGAAGAAAAGAUAACAUCUUUACAAUCUCUACUGUCUUCUAUAAAAACAUUGACAGCUAGAGAAGAUUUCAUUAAAAAUCUCAGAAAUCAGUUAAUGUUAUCAAUAUCUGGACAGUUAGGUUAUAGUAAAAUAAUGACUGGUGAUACCAACUCUAGACUAGCUGUGAAUAUAUUAAAUCAUGUCGCACAGGGUCGAGGUGCUCAGGUUGCUUAUUCUACAGGUUUUUGUGAUAAUAGAUAUAAAGAUAUAGUGAUAUUGCGACCUAUCAGAGAUUUAUCAAUAAAAGAAGUAGCUGUUUAUAAUCAGAUGAACAAAUUAGAUUCAGUUUUUAUUCCAACUCUCUCAACAAAGGCUCCAUCUAUAUCUAGUAUAGAGAAAUUAACAGAGAAGUUUGUUACUGGUUUACAAGCUGAUUAUUUAUCUACUGUUAGUAAUAUUGUAAGAACUGGUGAAAAGUUAGGUGUAUCAGAUGAAGAAAUUAACAAUGAAAGUUGUAUAUUUUGUCAGUCAUCAAUUGAUACCAAUGUAGGUCCAGCAUCGGCAUUAGUUGCUGUAGAGUUCUCAGAGAAAUUGUCUAAAGAAGGACGGCAGGCUACCUCAUCUACUGAUACUAUUUCUGAUAGAAGAAAUGAAAUAAAGAAGAAAUUAUGUUAUGGAUGUCGUGUCACUCUAUCAGAAAUUGAUGACAUUCAUCAACUGCCAGAAUUCAUCAAAACUAAUACUCUAGACCAAAAUAGAUUAAAGAUGAAAAAUGAGAUAGAGGAAUAUUUAUUACAACCAGAUGAUAAUUGAGAUAUAGUUUGUUUGUCACAAUAUUUAUUACAUGUAUAAAAGAUAUCAUGAAAGU